ACAGUUUCCAGCAACUGAAGCCAGGCAGUUUUCUCAAAGAACCAAAGAUAGCCAUGACCUUCAUGUACAAAACAUUCAGGAAAAUGACGCUUCCUCCAACCACUUUGGUGUUAAAACAAGUUGUGUCUUGCGUGACUCCCUGGAUUACUUUCAUCCAGUCACAGGCUUUCCUCCAGAUGUCCUGCAUGAUCUUCUAGAAGGCAUAGUUCCUGUGGAGAUUUCUCUCUGCAUUAAGACCUUGAUCCAGAUGAAGUACUUCACUUUAGAGUAUUUGAACCAAAAGAUUGCAUCAUUCCCAUAUCAACAUGCUGAUAAAGUGGAUAGGCCUCAACCAAUUCCCAAAACAUUUCUGUCUCGAGGAACGAUAGGAGGGAAUGGUCAUGAAAAUGCUACUCUGCUCCGACUGCUUCCAUUGCUUGUAGGCAGUGUUGUACCAGAAGGUAAUGGUGCAUGGACAGUUUUGAUGGAACUGAAAGAGGUAGUGCAGUUAGCAUUAUGCCCAUCAUUUUCUGAUGAAACCUUAGACUAUUUUCAGUCCAAAAUCAGCGAUCAUAAGCAAGUACUGCUGAAGACAUUCCCAGAGUUUAGCCUUCGUCCUAAGCAUCACUAUGUGGAGCAUUACCCCACCAUGAUCAAGUGCUAUGGGCCCCUGGUGCAUGUUUGGACAAUGCGAUUUGAGGCCAAACACCGUUUUUUUAAACGAGUGGUGCAUGACGCUCAAAACUUCAAAAAUAUUUUGAAGACAAUGGCAGUCAGACACCAACACAUGAUGGCAUACCAUCUUGCUGCCCCAUCAUUUUUCAAGCCAGAAACACAAGCAUCCAGGGUUGACUCUGUUCUGGUUUCAGCUCUACCAGAAGUAGCUCAGCUACACAUUAGAACACUAACAACUAGUGACACAAUAUACCAGACAUCAAAGGUUACCAUUGAUGGCACACACUAUGUCUGUGAAAUGUUUUUGUCUGUCGGAGACAGUGGUGGACUACCUAGGUUCUGCAGAGUAGAGCACAUCUACCUUGUCAAUAGCACUGUUUCAUUCCUUUGUUCUAAUUAUGAUUGCUGGUAUUUAGAACAUCUUGGAUCCUAUGAGCUGUCACCUUCCCAGACAAGUCUGUCAAUCCACCUGAAGUCUGAUCUCAACGAUUCAGUCCCGCUCUCUGCAUACGAGCAUAAUGGCAGAUCUAUCCCCACAACCCAUGGUCCUUCGUGUUGUUGA